CAUGAACUCAACUGCAAUUUUCGGAUGCAGUCGCAAAAUAUUUUCUCUACCCCCACAACACCGUAGACUAUCGACUGUAACAUUCAAGGUCGAUUCCAAGGCCUUUUCAAAGACCUUGAAUUUGCCAAAGACUUGCUUUCCUCUAUGGGCCGAACGCGAAAAGAGCGAAAUCGCCCUACGUUCAAGGAUUUGCGAGGAUUUAUAUAGGGCACAGGCACGUCGAAGGGGUGGCCGUGACUUCGUUUUGCAUGAUGGUCCUCCGUAUGCCAAUGGCAAUCUGCAUGUCGGCCAUUCCAUGAAUAAAAUCCUCAAGGAUAUAAUCAACCGAUUCCAUGUUAUUUCUGGAGACCGGGUCCAAUAUAUCCCUGGGUGGGAUUGUCAUGGCCUACCUAUCGAAAACAAGGCAUUAAAGGACCUCGGAUCGGAUUCAAGGUCGCUUUCCCCAUCUGACGUUCGUUCAGCUGCCCGGAAAACUGCCCUGCGCGAGAUUGAGACACAGAAAGAGGAAUUUCGACAGUUUGGGAUAAUGGCUGACUGGAGUAAAGAAACCACAUAUCGUACUCUGGACCAUGAAUACGAAAUGCGGCAGCUAGCGAUAUUCCAAAGGAUGGUCGAAAACGGUUUAAUUUACAGACACUAUCGACCAGUUCAUUUCUCUCCCUCUUCUCGGUCGGCGUUAGCGGAAGCAGAAUUGGUAUACAAGGAUGAUCACAUUUCCCACUCUGUCUAUGUUACCUUCAAUUUGGAUGUAGCACAGUCGGGCGAAAGAUAUGCAAAGUAUGGUCGCGAUAUCAAGUUCUUGGUCUGGACCACGACUCCUUGGACCCUGACCGCAAACAUGGGAAUUGCUGUGAAUCCGGAACUGGCUUAUACCUUUGUCGAACGCGAGGAUGACAAGGAUGGUCCUCUUUUCCUUAUCGCCACUGGUCGGCUGGGAGACAUCCCUACGGAGCCCGUCUUCUCUGCCCUAGGGAAUAUUCGCUAUGUCGGCAGCAUCGAAGGUUCUGACCUCGUUGGGGCAUACUACAAACCAAUCUUCUCUCAUGGAAACUGUAUGAGAAUCAUUAGGGCUUCGCACGUCACGGCCGAAUCUGGUACCGGUUUGGUACACUGCGCUGCUGCCCACGGUGUGGAGGACUACAACACCUUCCGGGACCAAGGACUACUGUCUGGCACUGAAUCGAUUUUAUGCCAUGUUGGUUCUGAGGGAGAGUUCACAGCAAAUGUUGCUGAUGUCGUUGGUGAAGCGGCUGCUCAAACUCUGGUCGGAAAACCCGUACUCGGAGAUGGAUCGCGUGCGGUAGUGACUCUACUGAAGGAGACCAAUAGUUUGGUCAAAAUAGAGCGGUUCAAGCAUAAGUACCCUUAUGACUGGAGAACGGACAAACCGAUUAUCGUCACUGCGACUUCCCAGUGGUUUGCUAAUUUAGAUAAGAUCAAGGAUGAUGCCCUGAAUGCUCUCGAACAUGUAGAAAUGUUCCCUUCUUCAUCUCGUCUACAAUCAUUCAUACGCUCACGUUCAGAAUGGUGCAUAUCCCGCCAACGGGUGUGGGGCGUACCGAUACCCGCUUUGUACCAUAUUCCUACGGACCGCGCAGUCCUGGACGCGGCUUCCCUUUCCCAUAUCCUCCCCAUCCUCCAAGAGAAAGGCGUUGAAUACUGGUGGAACGGACCUGUUGAGGAAUUCAUCCCUCCGGCCCUUCGGCAGACAGGAGAAGGUGAAGAAGCGAAUGUGUGGCGCAAAGGAACCGACACGAUGGAUGUGUGGUUUGAUAGUGGGUCUUCGUGGUCUAUGUUGGAACAGCGUGAAGAUGAACAGGGGGAGAAGUAUCGAGCGGACGUCUGUGUUGAGGGCUCGGACCAGCACCGGGGGUGGUUCCAGAGUCAGUUGCUUACGGCUGUGGGGUCCAGGUCGUCCUCUAUCCCAUACAAGGUUCUCGUUACACAUGGAAUGGUCUUGGACCAGAAAGGAAAAAAGAUGAGCAAGUCCCUGGGUAAUGUUAUAAGCCCCAUAACGGUAGUCGCUGGUGGUAAGGACAAGAAGAAAGAACCUGCGUAUGGUGCCGAUCUCUUGAGGUUGUGUAUUGCUUCGGUGGAGUAUUGGAAUGAUGUACCUCUUGGAACAAAUAUUCUCAACCAGACUGCAGAGUCACUGAGAAAGAUUCGGAACACGGCGCGUUUCCUACUUGGAAAUAUUGGAGAUAUCUAUGAGCAAGACAAUGAGGACGCGUGGGAAGAUCUUAAGGAACAUAUGGAUUUGGCUGACCGGUACAUGAUUAACGAACUGCAGAAAUGCGAGGCGGGAUGUGCAACGGCGUAUGCUGCACACAAUUUCCCCAAAGUUGUCAAGACACUCCAGAACCUCUGCAACAUAACCCUGUCGUCCUUCUACUUUGAUAUAAACAAAGACAAUCUCUAUGCGAAUCCUUUGAAUGGGUACGAACGGCGCGCUACUGCUUUCGUGUUAAAAGAAAUACUAGCAACUAUUGUUCGCAUCAUGGCCCCCAUUUUACCCCAUUUAGCUCAAGAAAUACACGAUUCAAUGUACUACAAGAGCAAAGGGUCGGUUUUCUUAGAGCAGCCGUGGAAUUGGCGGGAUGGCGGCUUCGCAAUCAAAGGCUACACAGAAGACGAUGUGAAAGCAGUGAACAAAGACUCGGACGACAUGAUCAUGUUGAUGCAAGAAGUGCGCCCUGUUGUUACGUCUCUGCUAGAACAAGCUCGAGAGCAAAAACAAAUCAGAAGCUCUUUGGAAGCUGAGGCGGAUAUUAUCCUCCCAGAACCUCCUGAUGUUGCUUCAAACACCCUUUCAGAUGGGCAAGAGGAAGCUAUACCACUCGAGGACAACGGAAAAACACGGAUUGCCCAGUUUUUCCGAGAUCAUGAGGAUUUCAUGGCGAAGCACUUCAUCGUGUCAAGGGUCACAGUAAUGGACGAAGGGUCGCUGGGAACGACGUCGCCGGAGUGGAUCUAUAUUCGUAGCUUGAGUAUAUUGGGAGAUCAGUUCUCGAAGCCUGCCACAUCUGCUGAGGAUUCCUAUGACGUCGCUAUCCGGAUUCGCCCUGCUACGAGGGAGAAAUGUCCUCGGUGUUGGACUUUCACCAAGGAAGCUGAGGAUGUUCUAUGCCAGCGAUGUGCAGAUGUUACGCAGGAUAUGGAUUAGUAAAUUUACUUUGAUGCCGAAGGGAUUUUGCUUGUACGGUAGAAGCCCGAAAAUGAUAUAUCUAUCUUAUUCG